AUGGACAUCCCGAGCCGGGGGCCAAGGUUGCCCGAGAUAUAUGUCCACGACUCGAGCACCGAUCGAUUUCGGACCUCGAGCAGAUCCAGCUCUUACACUUCAUCCUCCUCUGCAACAUCUGCCAUCCCAAUGUCGAUACCAAAUGCGCGGGACCCGGUACCCCCACCACUGCCGCCCCCGAAACACCUCCCGGAUAUUGCAUCUGGUGGGAACAACGGCCCUGAUCUAGCUUGGAGGUAUGGGAAUAUGCACAGCGACUAUGGGAGUUCGGGUUCUUCGGUAGCGCCGGGAUCGAGUCUCUAUGGGAGCUUUGCGAGCAGGAAAACUUCAAUGGACGACCGCCCAGAUUACUCACGGCGUACCGACUCGACGGCUACGAUCAAAGGAGAUCAUGGGCGGGAGCAAGGCUAUCCUCGAGAUGAGGGGUACUCGAGUCUCUCGGGAACAAGUAUCGAGUCGUUCAAGUCGAAAUUCCAAAAUUCCCCGUCUACGAGAUCUACCUUCCAAAGCUCUAUCCACGAUAAAUUCCAAUCAAAUACACAGGCUUACGACAAAUCGUUGCUGCAAAAGCUGGAUUCUCGAAGAACAAAUGAUAGCAAAACCCCACCACGGAGUUAUUCCAAACUCCCAACUUUCAGCUCUUCUGCAAACGAUGUGUCACCAACGCGACGAGCUGUGGAUCAUAUCCAUCCGACCCAGCUGAAGCCUUUAUCGUUACCAAUACUCGGCGGCCGAUUAGACUAUGUAGAGAGUCCUAUAGCACUGUCGCAGUACGGAGAUACACCGCUGUCAUCUGCGGUAUCACCUCGAAAUCCUUUUCCGCGUGUUGAGCUACAAACUCAAUUUGAUUACAGGUCGCCGAGAGAUGUAUCAGAAUGUGAUAGAUCCCCUCAUCCUUAUGUUAGAGGGUCGGGGAGUAGCUCGGCAAUGAGCGUUGGGGAUGACACCUCGAGUGUGACGAGUCGGCGCAGAGAAAGUUAUGACCGAAGAGUUUCUCCCGACCAUGAUGUAGACUUCCAUAUGGAAGAGGCGGGGCUUAGACGGCUUAACAUUGAUGAUUAUGCCGCCAGGUCAGAUCCUUAUUCGCCUGGUGCGACUACGAGUCUGAAACGGCGUGCCUCCUCGCCACCAGUAGAAGAUGGUCCGUCGUUGCAUACAGUUGGCAGUGCGAGUGACCUAUUCCGAAGGCGAGAGUCUGCAUCGCGGUGCUCACCCACUCCACGUCUGCAUUCUACAUCAGGGUCUGUGUCAUCCGCCGCUUCGGGGGCGAGAAAUAACUCGUAUUCUUCCUCUACCUUAUCAAUUGGCACUGGUAGUAUAACUAGCAUGAGUUCCUAUGGGCGUCUGUCACCUGGUGGAGUUUCUCCGGGCUCAACAGACGUCACGGACUCUCCGUAUGUUAGCUCGAUAUCCUUGAACACGAGCCCUCGAGGCUCCUAUUCCAACGCAAGCCAGCAGCGUAACAUAUCAGAAGCUCGGCUUCUCAUAAGUUCUCGCGAAAUGGCCGAUAGCAUGGGGAAUGGAAAGCUCAACGGCAUACCGAAGAUCCAAGGUGUCUUUAUGUGUGAAUGCUGCCCGAAGAAACCGAAGAAAUUCGACACCCAAGAAGAUCUAGACGGACAUGAACAGGAAAAGCAAUACCAGUGUGCCUACUGCCAUAACCGAUUCAAGAACAAAAACGAGGCCGAAAGGCAUCAAAACUCGCUCCAUCUCCGGAGGCAUUCUUGGUCGUGCGCAGCACUCUCGGGCUAUCCCGCAGCAUUCCAUGCGUCUUCAAGCCGGCCGAAUGAAGCGGAUACAUGCGGAUACUGUGGUGAAGACUUUCCACGCUCUGGUAUCUCGUCACCGUCCGCCGGACCUCAGGUUGCUAUUGCUACAGAACGGGAUUGGAAUGCCCGAAUUGCGCAUUUACAAGAAAUGCACAAGUUUGGCGAGUGCAAUCAUGCGAAGAAAUUCUUCCGGGCAGAUCACUUCAGGCAGCAUUUGAAGCACAGUCAUGCAGGCACUAGUGGUAAGUGGACGAACAUGCUCGAGAAUGCGUGUAUGAAAGAUGAGCCGCUCCCCGAGCCGAUCAGAGGUCCCGAAAGGGUGGUCCCGGGAAGUGGUAGGGUAUCAAGGAUUACCGAAGAGGAGGAGAAUCCCUAA